AUGUAGAUAUGUCGCCGAGCCUUGUGACGUGGGCUUGUAACCCAAGUUGGGGGCGCUAAGGUGUUUGGAGGCUGGGCCGAAUCAACUGGUUGGGUCCUGGUGGCUGCUUUCUGGCCCGCCCAUUCCAAGCUGGGUGUUGGUCUAUGAGGCCCGGGCGAAGGUCCGGACUUCGUGGGCCUUAGAGAGGAGGGCACUGCGUCAGGCUGGCCUCACAGAGCAGCGACUACCUCCCGCUCUCUGCAGUGGAAGGAUAACGGGCCGUUGCCAUCUUGGCCCAUCAAAGCCCGUGGGUUGGUCCAGUUCGACAAACACCUUUUUUUUAAAUUUUUAAAUUUAAAUUCCAUAUGUAUAAAUUGGCAACCCGUUUUGGGGGAUUUUUCGUUUUUUUAUUUUAAAUAAAUACAAAAUUCCAUGUGUAAAAAAUCGUAAAUUUUGGGGCGAUAAGUUAAAUUUACCUUCAUCUUUUUUAAUUGCGAAUUCGAUCUAAUUAAUAAUGGUUUGCCGAGAAAUGCAGAAGGUGUUAAGAGCCUAUGGCGAGGUGCUGCGACUGGUGCGCCGCCUGCCGGAGGACAGUAGGCCUUACUACGCUAAAUUCGCUCGCGAAAACUUCGUCAAUUACAGAGAAGUCGACCCCAACGAUGACGUCGCCGUCGACGAACUCCUCCGCCGGACCUACAAUCAUUCUCUUUGGGUCCUCAACAAGUAUGGCGUGGAUGAAUCUGUGGCGGGUAAGCUCAAAGGGAUUUGCUCGGCUUGAUCGAUUUGGCUUCUGCAUACCAACAGUUUGUUAAAAUUACUGACCGGAAUUCUGUUUUGUUGCUUUCCUUUACGACUUGGAUUACAAGUUGGGCUUUUGAUGGGCCCAAAACAAUAUACUAUGCUUUUGAGUAGGCCCUCAGCCGAAAAGAAGAAAAUAAUAAUCUAAGUAGCACAAUGUUUGAGCAA